CGUCUCCGGAUUGCGCACUCGUCAGCUGAGUGCAGUGGGCGGGGCAUCAGUCGAUGCAGGAAGUGUUUUAUCAUCACAGACAUUGUAGAAACAAACAAGCAUUUCUUUCUUUACCGUGGCUAGGAAUUAUAAGUAUGUUGAUAUAAACAAAUCGUCAAAUCGUUAUUAAACACGUAAAGGACUGCGGACAAAUCAGGCUCGAGACAUCAUGACCGACCACAAUGACUGCAGUCUUUCCUCUGAGGAGAGGGUGCGUGCACUCACCAAACUGGGCAGCUCCGUGGAUGUCAGUGAAGAUGUGCCGCCCCGGCGAUACUUCCGAUCAGGAAUGGAGAUCAUCCGAAUGGCCAGCAUCUAUGCAGAGGAGGGGAAUGUAGAGCAUGCAUUUAUUCUUUUCAAUAAGUACAUUACGUUGUUUAUUGAAAAACUUCCCAGACAUCGAGAUUAUAAAACAGCCAACAUUCCUGAGAAGAAAGAAACAAUGAGGAAAUUGAAGGAAAUUGCCUUUCCGAAAGCAGAGGAGCUGAAAAUGUUGCUUCUUAAGCAGUAUGAAAAAGAAUAUGCCGAAUAUCUCGUCCAGAAGAGAGCAGAUCAGGAGGCCGAGGGUCGAGAGAAGAUCAGGCAACAGGAGCUGGAGGCCGAGCGGCAGAGACAGGCCGAGCUGCAGCAGCGACAGCGUGAACAGGAGCAGUUCAUGACCUUCGAGGAGAAGAUCCGGAGGCAGGAACUGGAGAAAGAGCGCAGGCGGAUCGUUCAGGAGUUCAGCAUUCCAGAAUCCCCAACCCUCCCCCCUGAUCUUCUGUUGCCUGGUGUGCAUGGAACUCCACAAUCUGCGUUCUCAACACCAGCGCCCCCUGGAGAAGCUCUGGACCUUAUAUCUCCGACUUCAGGGCUCCCAGCGUUUGACCGCUCUUUGAAGCCUGGUGUUCCAGUUCCAGCAGGACAAUGUGUGUCGGUAAAUGGCUUGCGUCAACUCUUUGUGCCCGCUGAGCUGUGCCCGAAUUUUUUAAAGCUGGCUGAAGGCAACACAGCGCGAGCAGUGGAGACCUGUGGCAUUCUUUGUGGCAAGCUGAUGAAGAAUGCUUUUACAGUGACACAUGUGAUCGUGCCCAAGCAGUGUGGAGGACCAGACUACUGUGACACGGAGAACGAAGAGGAACUUUUCCUUAUCCAAGAUCAGAACGACCUCAUUACACUGGGCUGGAUUCAUACCCACCCCACCCAGACAGCCUUUUUGUCCAGUGUGGACAUGCACACGCACUGUUCUUAUCAAAUGAUGCUUCCCGAGUCUAUAGCCAUUGUCUGCUCACCUAAAUUCAACGAGACGGGCUACUUCCGGCUAACGGACUAUGGGAUGGAUGAGAUCUGUUCCUGCAAACAAAGAGGAUUUCACCCACAUCCAAAGGAGCCUCCACUCUUUUCUGCUAGCCGCCACACCACUAUUACUGAUGGAAGUGUGACCAUGCUGGAUCUGCGGUGAUGUCAUGUACGCUGCUUUAGAAGACGUGCCUUCGCUCCUGACAUCUCAGCAACAAACUGGCCAAGAAUCUCCCUAUGGGCUAAAUAAAGCACUACGCUGAACAUC